AUGUCUAGAACGAGAAUUGGAGUGGUAUUCCUCACCUUAUUGAUCUACACCGGUCUGAUAUUGCCGUCUGAGUUUGAUACUCCCAAGAAAACAAGCAAGUGCUACAUCAUGUCGUUUACACGCUGGUCGUACGUGACGAUAUUUGAAGCAGACAGCGGGGAAUACAUAUUUCCAUGCUGGAAGAAAGAAGUAAUUUCUAAGGCGACUUUUAAAAUCUCCAUCAAAUAUCUGGAUAUCUAUCAUGUUCUUUCCAAUAUACCAGAAGAAGAAUCUCUGCAGGUAGAGGAAGGCACAUUACAAACGAUUUUCAAACCUGCAUCCGUGAUGCCUACUGAUCUACUGACAAUCGCCGUUAUCAAGUUGGAUGAGUUAUCUGAAUCACAGUAUAACGUGUGGUUCGGACAAGAAGGUACCAAUAAGACGGACUCACUUGUGAAGUCCGUCAUUUACCUCGUCCAUUGGCGUAAUGAAACUCGCAAUAUAACUGAAUUAUUGACAAAUGUGAUUUUCAGAGAGAGUGAUCUCAUCUACAAUAGAAGUAUACAAUUUCCUGGUCGUACACUUGAGAUAUGGAAGACGAUAGCAUACGGGAAAGCGGAGCAAUACAUUCAAAGCUUCGUCAACCCAGAUCAUUGGUCUGAUACGUGGUUCAGCAAGGCACUUGCGUUAUACCUCAGUUAUAAUAUUCUUGGACAGAGUUUUAACCUGAAGAAAAUGAUGGACCUUUUUGUAGUGCAGGUACAACUGCCCGCUAUGUAUAACGAUAUUGAUCUCAAUGUGCCAUCUAUCACAGACCCAUAUGACCCAAUUUAUUCCAUUUUCGUUUACAAGAAAGCAUCCGUAUUAUUAAAAAUGUUAGAGCAAAUUGUCUCAAAAGAGAUGUUCCAAAAGGCCGUUGCCUUAUUUAUCAAAACAUAUGCGCAUCAAACCAGUACACCUAACGAUUUCUUCAGUAUUCUGAAUAAAUUAAAAGAAGUUACUGGAGAUAUGAUAACAGACAUAAUGUCCAUGUGGCUGUCGCAAAGAUAUUAUCCUAUAGUGAUAGUUAGACAAUACGAUAAAACGUGUCAUAUUACAUAUAAUGAGAUAAAACUUAAGCGCAAUGAUUCAUUUAAACGGUCAAUUCCGGUAACAUAUGCUACGAAGAAAGAUCCACAAUUCAACCAGUAUGCUCUUAUAUAUUGGCUGAAUAAUAAUUACACAGAAUGGAAAUCUGAUCUACUGUUAACAUUGGAUAAUGAAGAAGACUGGGUUAUAUUGAAUGUACAAUAUUUUGGUUACUACCGUGUUCGUUACGAUAAUACAAAUUGGUUGAAAAUUGCAUAUUUCUUGAAAGAAGACAACGGAAAGACUAUUCCUGUUUUAAAUCGCGUUCAACUCAUCGACGACGCGUAUCAUUUCGUAAUGAUGGGUACAAUGGAUUACAAGUUUUAUUAUGAGUUAAUUGAUUUCUUGAGAAACGAAACUGAUUUCAUAGUAUGGCACUCUAUGAUGAAUGUGUUACAUUAUAUGUCGCCUUUCUUUAAAUUCGAAGAGAGUCAACGUUUCAAGAACUUCAUAAUGGACAUCAUGAAUAGCGUAUUGAUGCAGAUAGGAUACGAUGAAAAAGUAAUGGAUGAUAACGCGUUGAAAGCUAUGCGAUUGAUGCUCCUCAAUUGGAUGUGUAAUCACGGCAAUGACAAAUGCAGACAGUCGGCCAGCGAUAAAUUAAAAGCAUAUUUUAAAAAUGCUAAAAAGUCAUCGAUUUUACCAGGGUGGAAAAACUGGGUAUAUUGCUCAGGCCUCAUGAAGCCAGAUCGGGAGGUGAGGAUGCUAGCAAAGAGUAAAAUUUUAAACGGAACGGAUGAAAACAUAUUACAAUAUAUAACCUGUUACGAUGAUGAUAACUCAAUACAGGACUUGUUGAAUUGGGGUAUAUUUAAGCCUCGCAAUAGCACGUCGCCAUUCAGCGAUGUGCAAGAGGAGGACUUAUAUCGUGCCAUUGUGAAGAAGCACGCAAAAAAGUUUAAAGUAUUAGAUUAUACCUUGAAAAAUAUGAUUCAUUUAUUGCCAGGUAACAUGACCCUCCUUGAGAAAUUAGGCCACGUUAUCAUGAGCGUGCAUUCUGAAUGCCAAUUACAAAAGAUUGCAGUAUAUAUAGACGAUAAUAUGUAUUCGAACGAAACGAUGCGAGCAUCUAAACGCAUAUUAACGAGAAGAAUGUCUCAAAUAUCUAAGAUAAAGGAUAUAUUCAUGCAUCGUUUCCCCCACGAUGCUGUCCCAGAGGAAACCAAAUGCUAAUUAAUCGGAUAACAAUAAUAUAAAUAUUGCAACCUAUACAAAUAAAAAUGAAGAUUAUGAUAUUUGUGAACUUU